AUCCAACGUCAUUGCGUCACUUUCACGUUCAAGAGGGCGAUUCCAUCCUGCUACUGUCACGUUAAUGUCGAGCUUCUAGAACCACCUACUUACUAAACUAAUUAGUUGUAUUAUUGUGAGUCCACACACUUUUAACGCUCGUCCCAGUCCGGCUCUGCAGUCUAUGGUAAGACAUGGCAACCCAGUGUGUCACCAAGGUGGAGCUGACCGUGUCCUGUGAGAACCUCCUGGACACGGACGUCGGCUCCAAGUCCGACCCUCUGUGUGUGCUUCUGAUGAACAGCUCUGAUUCCCAGUGGUAUGAGGUGGGGCGCACAGAGAAAGUCCAGAACUGCCUCUGCCCUAAGUUUGCGAAAAAGUUUGUCAUCGACUAUUACUUUGAAAUAGUGCAGAAACUGACGUUUGGGAUUUAUGACAUCGACAACAAAACCGUUGAUCUGAGUGACGAUGACUUCCUGGGGCAACUGGAGUGCACCUUGGGCCAGGUCGUGUCCAGUAAAAAACUGACCCGACCGCUUGUCUUGAAGAACAAGUCCCCUGCAGGCAAAGGCACCAUCACGAUCAGUGCAGAAGAAAUAAAAGAUAACAGGGUGGCAAAUUUUGAAGUUGAAGCAAGGAAACUAGACAACAAGGAUUUCUUUGGGAAGUCCGACCCGUACCUGGAAUUCUACAAGCAGACGGCAACUGGAUGGCAACUCGCUCACAGGACCGAGGUGGUGAACAACAACUUGAAUCCAACAUGGAAACCCUUUCGAAUCCCCCUGCAGUCGCUCUGCGGAGGAGACCUGGAGAAGCCUAUAAAAGUUGAGUGUUAUGACUAUGACAACGAUGGCUCACAUGACCUUAUUGGAAGCUUUGAGACCACAAUGACACGCUUUCAGCAAGCAUCACGAACGUCUCCGGCAGAGUUUGAAUGUGUCAACAGUAAAAAGAAACAGAAGAAGAAAGGCUACAAAAACUCUGGUGUGGUGGGCGUGAAGAUUUGCCAGGUGGUGAAGGAGUAUACCUUUCUAGAUUAUAUCAUGGGAGGCUGUCAAAUCAACUUCACUGUGGCUAUCGACUUCACAGGCUCCAACGGGGAUCCCAAGUCUCCUCAGUCUCUGCACUACAUUAGUCCUAAGGGUGUAAACGAGUACCUCUCUGCUACCUGGUCUGUGGGCAACGUCAUCCAGGACUAUGACAGCGACAAGAUGUUUCCUGCCUUUGGCUUUGGGGCACAAAUCCCUCCCACGUGGCAGGUUUCCCAUGAGUUCCCUCUCAACUUCAACCCAGCAAAUCCAUUCUGUGCCGGCGUUGAAGGUGUGGUGGAGGCCUACAGGGUGUGUCUGCCUCAAGUCAAACUCUACGGUCCCACCAACUUCUCCCCUAUCAUCAACCAUGUAGCCUGCUUUGCUAAGCAAGCGCUUCAGCAGACCACUGCAUCACAAUACUAUGUUCUGCUGAUCAUCACUGACGGAGUGAUCACAGACAUGGACGAGACGCGCAGCGCCAUCGUCAACGCCUCUCGCCUGCCCAUGUCCAUCAUCAUUGUCGGCGUCGGGGGGGCUGACUUCAGUGCCAUGGAGUUCCUAGACGGGGACGAUGGACGCCUGCGCUCUCAGACCGGCGAGGCGGCCAUGCGAGACAUCGUCCAGUUUGUGCCGUACCGUCAGUUCCAAAAUGCGCCCAGCCAGGCUCUUGCCCAAAGUGUAUUGGCCGAGUUACCUCAGCAAGUGGCCUCCUUCUUCAGUAUAUUCAAACUGAAGCCUCCCCAUGAUCCAAAUCCUUCAUAGUGGCUCCUCGAGAAGCACUGGCAAAGAGUGUGUUGGCAGAAGUACCAGGUCAGCUGGUGGACUUUUUCAAUACCAUGAAGCUGAGUCCACCCAAAUCCACUGCUAAUGCACCAGACCCUGCAGGUACCAUCUGAUAAUACAAGGAAGAAACCAGAUCCAGACCCACCUCAUCUCCUGCAGAUGUAGAGCAGAUCCCAGCUUCGCCUCCUCACACAACUAUUCAAUUCAAUUCAGUUUAUUUUGUAUAGCCCAAUAUCACAAAUUACAAAUUUGCCUCAGAGGGCUUUACAAUCUGUACACAUAUUAGACAAACGUCCUUCCUCAAACCUUUCACCCACCUUGAGGAAAUACCAGUAUCCAGCUUUGUCAAAAACGCACAAUACGUCGUACAUAAGAACUCCACACUCUUGACCAACCCGUGUAUUUUGUGUCAAAAUAGACCUAGAUUUUGUUAGAUAUUAACAUUCACGUGUGUUCAUUUGAGCUGUUAUUCAGUGUUACUGCAUCUUAGAAAUAGAAAACAAACACAAUCAUUCCGUCUUUUUUGUGUCAAAAUAUAGGUUGAUUGGAAGGGAAUUUGCACUUUCUCAAGUAUUUUUCUAGAAUAAUUUUUCCCAAGAUACAAUUAACCUUCCCCACAGGCACCUUUUUAAAAGUGGCAUGUGAGGACUCAGGUGUGGUUCAGGUAAAACCAGGAAAAUAAUAUACAAAAUAAAAUAAUGACAAAAUAAAAUAAUGACGUUUCACAUCAAAUUAAACGGCACAUGAGCUCCGAUAAUUAGUAAGCCGUUUUCAAAUGCUCCAAGUCACACAAUACUAAAAUAAGAACGCAAGUAUCAUAUUUAUAAUUCGCCUCAAGUCAGCUCACUUGCGACCCGUAGCUACGUCCUAGCAGAAAAAGCAAGAGGAUUCAACACAGAUUCCAAACAUAUUUUUAAAAUCCCUCUACACCAAACCAUCACCGAGAUCCAAGCAAAAGAACACAGCAACACAAAGCGCUUCAUCGCUUUACGGUCGGCAAAUUCUGCUUACCUUUUGAAGAUUAGUUAAAGAAAAAGCAUUUUCUUUAGAGGCAAACCUGUAACUUUUUUAAAUUUUUGCUGUGUGCCAUCUCCAUUUAAUCUAACCAGUAACAUAUAGGCUGCUAUUUACACAUCUGAAGUAUUCUCGCAAGUGUUUACUUUUAUUAUAUUAAAAUAGCCCUUGUAGUAGAGGAAAUACUCUCUUUUUAGUUUGGGUAUGUUAUUUCGAGCAGAGGCCUAGAGAAAUAAGUUGUUUUUUAAAAAGUUAAGCAUUCAUUGUUUUCAAAGUACUCACUGAAACGGAAAGCCGAACAGCAAACACAGUUCUCGUUGCAGAAACACUGCACUGGGUAUAGUUGUCUGCUGCAGGCUUUUUAAUGCAGUGUGCAGUUCAAGUUACAAUAGUUAGAUCUUUUAAUUAGGGGAAACUGGUAUGACAAAGUACAUUUCAUAGGUUGGUGGACUCCCUCCAUGUACAAUGUUUACACAGCUUAAAUAGCUGCAGCGCUGCUAGUAGCAUAACAGCAUUACCAAAGUAGCUUUAUUAAUGGAUGCACAUGCUUCCCUAUGCACUCUAACCUUUUGCUCAUUACUCAAUGAAAUGCCAAACUCUGUCUGUAGGUUAUAAACCUGUGUACUCCCAGAGCUGUUCAUACCCUAAGUAUGAAAUAUUGUGAUAACUAGAAAGUGGUCUCAUUGUUGAUUUGGUUGUAUUGUGCCAGUCUUGUAUGUGCCAGUUACUUUUUUGGUUACUUUUCCGGUUGGUAAUUCCUGGUAAAGGACUAGCUUCCAUAUGUAUGACAUUGUAUAUUAGUAUUACACACGCUGUCGCCAUAGAAACGAGAGAGUGCUCCUUAUUGAAAUCUAUGCACAAAUAGCUUUUAUUGAUGCCUGAUGAAAAUAUGAACCAUUCAUCUAAUGUAUCAUGUUGUAUGAGCUUUAGUGCUGUAAGAGAUCGGUAAUGUGCCUGUGUGUCAAUAUCAAGAUUCCUAUUAAAGCAUCUCUUAUUCAAUAA